AGUCGAGUCCACUGUCACUGUUCACUGUACACUGGUCAGUCAGUACUCAGUCAGAGUUCCAGUUCAACUUCCAGGCACACUCACACUUGAAGAUAAAAAAAUGGCGAUUGUUGUGAAGCAAGAGUAUGACAGCAGCGAAGAACCAAUGCCAGGGAGCAGCACUGCAUUCUCUCCAAUCGAUGAUGAUUUCAGCCACCAACAAUAUUCAGACCCUAGUUUCAAUCAAAUAUUCAUCAAAGAAGAAACGAAUGAUUUGCAAGGGUUGGAUGGGAGUUUGGCAGAAGUGAACCAUAGCAAAGAAGUGAGCUUACCGCAAAUAUUGCCUUCUAUCGACAGCACAUCUGAUUCUGCCAAUGGAAUACAAGUUGAAUUGCAUAUCGAUAAUGUGCAUGCAAUCUCUUCAAUGGAUAAGUUCACUGCUGCAGGCAAAAAAAUUGAACCGAAGAGAGAAAGAUGCAAAAAUUUUACGGAACUUGAAAAAUCAAUAUUCUUGGAAAUUAUUUCUAAGUAUAAAAGAAUAGUAGGUUGUAAAAAAAAUGAUAAAUAUACGCACCUUUUGAAGGCCAAGUAUUGGAAAUUUAUAACGGAUGAAUUCAAUGCUUCAGAAAAUGUCCUUGAAAAGAGAGAGACGAAGGCACUAAAAAACUUAUAUAAAAAAGAAAACGCUAACAAAAAAGUUGAAUCAACGAAAACAUGUGGUGGGCAAAUGAACCAAUCGCCAGUACGAAUUACAGAGGAACUCAGUGGGCAUAUUGAGCCAUUAGAGAGUCCUUAUGACUCUAGCUCUUUCCUCUAUGAAGAUAGCAAUUUAGAUUGUGAUGAGCAGGCCCAGAGCCCUCCAAUUUCCUUAUUGGAUUUGGAUAACCAAAGCAAUGAACGAACUCAUAUCUUUGCUCCGGAGAAUUAUAAGGAGUCUGUAGCCGAGGUUCCAAUAACAAAUGAGGAUCAAACGGUUAAUGCGCCAAAACUUCUACAAACUCCAAGUACAACGGUUCUAAAUGAUAAUUAUGACUACCAAAUCGUUGAAACAGAAGUGGACUUACCGGAAACUACAAUACAUGAAGAAUUAGUUGAACAGAAGAGAGAAAGAGGCAAAAAUUUUACGGAACUUGAAAAAUCGAUAUUCUUGGAAAUUAUUUCCAAGUAUAAAAGAAUAGUAAAUUCUAAAAAAUAUGAUAAAUAUACGCUGCUUUUGAAGGCCAAGUAUUGGAAAUUUAUAACGGAUGAAUUCAAUGCUUCGGAAAAUGUCCUUGAAAAGAGAGAGACGAAGGCACUAAAAAACUUAUAUAAAAAAGAAAACGCUAACAAAAAAGUUGAAUCAACGAAAACAUGUGGUGGGCAAAUGAACCAAUCGCCAGCACGAAUUACAGAGGAACUCAGUGGGCAUAUUGAGCCGUUAGAAAGCCCUUAUGACACCAGCUGUUUCCUCUAUGAAGGAGAAAAUCCAUCGCUCCCUAGAGAAACUGAUCCAAUAGAAGUGGCCUCACUAGAAUCAUAUUCUCCAGUUCCAGUUGAACGGCUCCCAGAAACUGCAAUGACCGCGGAACCACCACAACAAAAACCACCAUCACAACAACAGCAACAACAACAACAACAAAAGUGCAUAACACCUGCAGCCAAUGCUAGUAGAAAAAGGAGUAGAAGCAGUGACCGAAAUAUUUCUCUAGCGCUAGAGAAUUACUCUAAUGGAAAAAUAGACAUUUCUCAACAAAAAUUACAUUUUCAUCGAAUAGAACAUGGAAAACGGAUGGAUAUUUUGAAAUUUGAGGAGGAAGCUGCAGCUAAGAAACUUGCAAUUUUAAAAGUUGAGGAGGAAACAGCCAUGUUGAAAUUAGAGAAAGAGAAAAUAGAAGUAGAAAUUCUAAGAGAGAAAUUAAAUAAAGAGAAAAGGUAAGAUGUAUUUAUUUGUUUUUGGGGUUGUGAACAUUACUCUUAACUAUUGAAUAUAUUAAUAUAUUUAUUAUUGUAUGUACAUGUACAGUGUAUAUUUAUUAUUGUAUGGCUUUAUUAUUGUAUGUAAAAUAUAGAUUAAUGUUUGUCCUA